AUGACAGCAUUUAUUAAAUCAUGGAUUCCCCAGUGUUUGCAGAUUCUCAAGCCACCAUGCAGAUUAUUCCAUGGAUACAACAGGCUUCUUACAUCUGAUCUUGCUUCAUAUUAUGACUCUAUAAACCAGUGCAAAAGGGAGCUACCGGAAUAUUUCAACUUUGCAAGUGAUGUCUUAGAUGAGUGGACACGACUGGAAAAGGAUGGUAAACGACCAGCAAAUCCAGCUUUCUGGUGGGUUAAUGAUGAGGGAGAGGAGGUGAAGUGGAGCUUUGAAGAGCUGGGAUUUCUGUCUAGGAAAGCAGCUAAUAUACUUUCUGAGACCUGUGGUUUGCAGAGAGAAGACAGAGUUAUAGCAGUUCUGCCUCGUGUUCCUGAAUGGUGGCUAGUGAAUGUAGCCUGUAUGCGAACAGGAAUUGUCUUUAUUCCAGGAACAUCCCAAUUAACAGCCAAAGACAUCCUAUACCGACUCCAGGCUUCAAAGGCCAAGUGCAUCAUUACCGACGGUACACUGGCACCUGCAGUAGAAUCUGUCAUACCUGACUGCCAGUUUCUGAAAAGCAAACUGUUUGUAGGCAAAGAGAGCAGAGAUGGGUGGCUGAAUCUCAAAGAACUCUUUGCGGUGACAUCUGCUGACCAUAAAUGUGUCAAGACAAGAAGCCAAGACCCAAUGUUGAUCUAUUUUACUAGUGGAAGUACAGGCUUUCCAAAAAUGGUGGUGCAGUCCCACAGCAGUUACGGCAUUGGAUUUGCAACCAGUGGCAGGCACUGGAUUAACUUGACUCCUUCAGAUAUCAUGUGGAAUACCUCUGAUACUGGCUGGGUAAAAUCAGCUUGGAGCAGUGUUUUUAUGCCAUGGAUCUGUGGAUCAUGUGUCUUCAUACACCAUUUGCCACAGUUUAAACCAGCAGUUAUUGCAGAGGCUCUCUCAAGAUAUCCCAUCACUGUCUUUUGCACUGCUCCCACUGCCUACCGCAUGCUGGUCCAACAUGAUUUGAGCAGCUACAAGUUCACAAGCCUGAAACGCUGUGUAUCUGGAGGGGAACCACUCAAUCCUGAAGUGAUGGCGAAGUGGAAAAUCCAGACAGGGCUGGAUAUUUAUGAAGGUUAUGGCCAGACUGAAACAGUGACAAUCUGUGCCAAUAUGAAAGGAAUGGAAAUUAAACCUGGCUCCUUUGGAAAACCUGUUCCCCCUUAUGAUGUGCAGAUCAUAGAUGACCAUGGGGCUAUUCUGCCUGCAGGAGAAGAAGGCAACAUUGGUAUCCAAGUUCAACCAAGGAGACCAUUCUGUCUGUUCUCUGAGUAUGUGGAUAAUCCAGAGAAAACUGCUGCCUCUGUGUGUGGAAAUUUUUAUGUCACUGGGGACAGAGGAGUUAUGGAUGAAGAAGGAUAUAUCUGGUUUGUUGGAAGAGACGACGAUAUAAUUAAUUCUUCUGGGUAUCGUAUUGGGCCAUUUGAAAUUGAAAGUGCACUAAUACAGCACCCUGCAGUCUCAGAGUCAGCUGUUGUCAGCAGUCCUGAUCCAAUUCGAGGGGAGGUGGUCAAAGCCUUCAUUGUUUUAGCUCCUGAUUUUGUAUCACAUGAUCCAGAAAAAUUAACUCAUGAGCUUCAGCAACAUGUCAAGAAGGUGACUGCACCUUACAAAUAUCCGAGGAAGGUGGAGUUUGUUCAGGAUCUGCCAAAGACAGCUACUGGGAAAAUCCAGAGAAAGGUUCUAAGGAACAAGGAGUGGGGAAGAGUAUAA